GUCCCGCCCUCCCGCCGGCCAGGGGCGGCCGCGGCGCAGCGCAGCGCAGCCCAGGGCCCAUGUCGGCUGCGCGGCCCGCGGCGCCGGGCCCCGGCGGCGGAGGGCCGGCGGGGCCGGCGCGGGGCCGCGGGCUGGAGCUGGAUGUGGCGCCGGAGCCGGAGCUGGGCAGCAGCACGCAGACCUCGCACCGGCUGCUGGCCUACAGCGACGCGCUGCUCUCCAUCAUCGCCACCGUCAUGAUUUUGCCCGUGGCUCACACGAAAAUACAUCCCGAUCAGAAACUAGGUGAAAGUGUUCAGCAGCUCCUCCUAGCGAAAAUUGCAGUCUACCUAAUGACCUUCUUAAUAGUCACGGUGGCAUGGGCAGCUCAUGUAAGGCUGUUUCAGGUGAUAGAGCUCAUAGACGAUGUCCUCGCUCUUCUAAAUCUGGCUUGUAUGAUGAUCAUAACUUUCUUGCCAUACACAUUUUCUUUAAUGGCCUCCUUUCCAGAUGUACCUUUUGGCAUUUUCCUGUUUAGUGUCUGUGCUGUUGUCAUUGGCCUUAUCCAGGCAGUGAUAGUUGCCUAUGGAUUCUAUCACCCACACUUACUAAAUCAACAGAUACAAGUAUCUGAAAACCAGAACUUCUAUAAACGUCAUAUCUUAAAGAUUAUUUUAAGAGGACCAAUUUUAUGCUUUUUAGCAGCCAUUUUUUCUUUUUUCUUUAUCCCUUUGUCUUAUGUACUGCUUGGGCUCGUUAUCGUUUUUCCACACCUCACACGAUUCAUUACGUGGUGUAAAACCAAGAUUGUUGGUCAGAGAGAUGAAGAGGAACACAGUAACUUAGAGACCUUCACAUUUUACCUCAGUGAGCCUCUGAGUAAGGAACGAGUAGAGGCAUUCAGUGAUGGAGUCUAUGCUAUUGUAGCAACCCUGCUUAUUUUGGAUAUAUGUGAAGACAAUGUUCCUGAUCCCAGAGAAGUUAAGGAAAAGUUCCAUGGCAGCCUUCUUGAAGCUUUAAGUGAAUAUGGACCAAACUACCUUGCCUACUUUGGCUCUUUCGUAACAAUUGGUCUUCUCUGGUUUGUCCACCACUCACUUUUCCUUUAUGUAACAAAGGCUACACGAUUAAUGGGACUGCUUAACAUACUUUCAUUGGCUUUCAUUGGCGGGCUCCCGCUGGCUUAUCAGCUAACCAGUGAAUUUGCAGAGAAGUCUCACAAUGAAAUAGAAGCCAUUCAGGUCAGCUGUGUUAUCACUUUCUUUGCCAGCAUUUUUCAGUUUGCAAUAUGGACUACAGCCCUCCUCCAUGAAAGGGAAACGUUGCAUCCUUUUGCUAGAUAUGGUGGCAAGGAGCAUGCCUUCAUGUUUGCCAAGCUUGCUCUCUACCCUUGUGUGAGCCUCGGGGCCUUCUUUCUAACAUGCUUGUUAAGUGAAUUUAGCACAGCAAUUUUCCAUCUUAUGCAGAUUGUAAUCCCAUUUGCUUUUCUUGCCUUGCGCAUUUUUGUUAGAAUUUCCUUAACUAUCAUAAAGUCUGUGAUGCCUCUCUCCAGACGGAAGGUUGUGUUGCUAGAAGAAGAGGAGGCAUGUUUGUCUCCUGGUGAAACACUGUCCUAAAUUUCCAUGCAGCACACGUGAAAAUGCAAUAUUACUUUAGUUCUAACUCACAUUGAAUUAAUGUAUGGAUUAUAUUGAUCUAAACUAAAGCUUGUGUUGAUCAUAACUGGGGCAUAUUUAAGUUUGGUAAUGCUUAAGACCCUUUCUCCAAAACAUGUAAUUGAAAGUUGGGUUAGUAGGAGAGACAAAGAAAAACUUGUUCUCCUUUGUUUAAAAUUACCUCUUUGGAAAAAAUGCUGCUUGAAGUGUAACUGCAGUGAUGAUCACUUCAGGAGCGCACAAACAGAUACUCAGCAAGAUGCCCUUUUUCUGACAUAUGGAACUCCUUGUGGCAGCCAGACACAGGUAUAGAUAGAGGAUGAUUAUGCUCCUAUAUAAAGAGUGAAUGAGGCCUGAAGACAUGAAGGAUACCUGAGUUUCUCAGUGGUGAAUCAGAGUAUUUAUGCAUACAGACUGUUGGGGUUUUGUUUGUUGUUCUUUUUCAUGAUUACACUGUCUCUUUUGCAAAGCCAUAGAGUUGUGAUAGUAUAUCAAAAGCUGCUUGCUUUUGAAUGGCUUUUAGCAUGAGUUUAGGUGGGAGUUGCAGUUGUGACUGAUGUGCAGUCUUCCAGGCCGCCUUAACACAAAUUCUUCUUCAGUCAUACUUGACCUUUUUUUAAAAAAAGAAUGUAUUUAACAAAUCAGGAUUCAUGUGGCUACCUAUCCAAGGUUUGAACCAGCUUUGUAAUCUCCCAGGGAAGAAACUUGAACUGUGGGAACACCAGUAAAUUUGUUUCAGCUGUGAACCAACUGCCCCUUUGGAAAGAAAGAUUUUGAUUUCUCAGGGUUUUUGUGUCUAUUCUCAUGCCUGUUGAAAAGAACCUCCUUGAAAAAGGUCUGCCAGCUUGAAGGCAUGAUUUAGGAGUCAUAGAGGUUAUGAGACUUUCCUGCCCGUUCUGAAAGUUCCCCCUCAGGCCAGGGAGUUGAGUCUGUCAUUAAUACAAUGAACUCCUACAGACUUUUGAGUUUUGGUAAGAGGGUCAAAGAAACUAACCCAGCAGGAGUUCUAGUCCCUGCAAUAUUGGGGUUUUUAGGCCUGUAUGCAGCUGCUCCAACUUUUCCCUGCAUAGAGCUGUUCAGAGGAAGUAUGCAAAGUCAUCUGGGCCCUGGUUCCCUGGAAGGUUAUACAUUUCUUUUGGCCAGAGCCGUUAGUUUGUAUCUUGAACUGUCCUAGUGCCUGAUAACUUUUCUGCCAUGUUCAGAGGUAUUUGAGGGAUUUUGUUUUUCCUCUUAAAAAUUACUAUAGCAAAGAAAGGCUGGAGUAACUUCGUGAAAACAAAAUCGAGGUUAGCUUCAGUCUAGAUUGAUCUGAGAGCACUUUUACUUUUGGUUUGAAGCACCUUGCUACCAACAUGUAAAGUUUAGUGUUAGGUACUUCACGUAAGAGAUUGUCUUCAGAUAUUCUAGGGGUUUUAUACCUGGUUGAUGCUGAAGGGCUUACAGUGGGGUUGCGCACUGUGUUGUAUAUGGCUGGAUUCUUGUGAUAUUUAGUAAAAGCACUUUUGGUUCUAUAUGGUUUUGUUUCUAAUGUGAAUAAGCAGUGAUAUGUGUAUUUGUAAUAAACCUGAUAAAUAAAAUGAGUAAAAGAAAAACUUUA